AUGGAGUCCGCAACACCAACGCAGCAGGCCGGCGGUGUCGGAGCUAGCUGGGGCGCUUUUCUCAAGUCGAUUGCGUCCUUCAACGGCGAUCUCUCGAGCCUUACCGCACCGCCCUUCAUCCUUUCGUCCACGAGCUUGACGGAAUUCAGCUCGUACUGGUGCGAGCAUCCCUCCGUCUUCGCCGCGCCUGCGCAGGAACCCGACGCCGCUAAGCGGGCGCUCUUGGUGCUGAAGUGGUUCUUGACCACGCUAAAGCAGCAAUACGCCAGUCGAAGCGAGCAAUAUGGCAACGAGAAGAAGCCGCUCAACCCCUUCCUUGGCGAGCUAUUUCUAGGCAAAUGGGAGGACAGCGCCGGGACCACGGAGUUGAUCAGUGAGCAAGUUAGCCACCAUCCGCCGGCAACCGCAUACAACAUCACCAACCUUCCUAGCGGCGUCCGACUCGAGGGUUACAACGCCCAGAAAGCAUCUUUCUCCAAAACAAUCAACAUCAAGCAGAUCGGUCAUGCGCUGCUCACAGUCCCUGUACCGUCCUCCGCGGAACCCGACACUUUUCUGAUCACCCUGCCAUCACUUCACAUCGAGGGUCUUAUUUUUGGUUCGCCCUUCGUGGAGCUAGAUGGCAGCUCUUACAUUACUUCGUCGAGCGGCUUCACCGCAAAGAUCGACUACAGCGGAAAGGGGUGGCUGUCCGGCAAGAAGAACUCGUUCACUGCCAAUUUGUAUACCACCGGAAAGGAGAAGGAUGUUCUUUUCAACGUCUCCGGGCAAUGGACAAAGUCCUUCGAGAUCCAUUCUGGCCCCGCCAAGCACAACAGCAAAGAGAACCUUGUCGGGAACUGGGACCCGUCUCCGCUUAGCGAGCUCAUUAUUGCUCCCCUCGAGAAACAACAUCCGCUGGAAUCUAGACGGGCCUGGUCUAAAGUGGCAGCUGGAAUUGCCAAAGGCGACCUUGACACCGUCAGUGUUGAAAAGGGGAAAAUCGAGAAUGCACAGCGUGAGAUGAGGGCCAAGGAAAAGGCUGAAGGGCGCAUCUGGCAACGGCGCUAUUUCUCCGCGCAAGAGGAUAGUACUGAUUCGAUUUUGACGAGCUUGGGUCCCGCCGGGGGCCUGCCCGAAAAUGGCGAUGCAGACAAGACUGGCGGCCUCUGGCGGUUUGACGCUGCGAAGUCUAAAGUGGCGCACAGUGAACCUUCGCUGAGUGAGGAGGAAGCUGAAAAGAUGGCGAAAGAGCUGCUAGGGCAAUGA